GGACUCCAACGAAUGCACCUGGUCCAGACAGGCAUCCAGAUGCAUGUAGAAUGUUGAGUAGUGGAGGGAGGUCUGAUAUUUGGUGCGUGUGCAGAUCGCGAUUGGUGGUGUGUGAGGUCUAAGAGACGGGCCAUCCACAUCCACUGGCCAUCGAUGCAAAAGAGAGAUGCAUACCUCUGAGCCUUUCGUUGACAGUAGGCCGGAAGGCACUCCGCUGAAGAACAUGGACUUCGCAAACAUGUCGCGGCGUCGCCUGCAGCAGCUAUGCAAAAAAGUUGGCAUUAAGGCGAAUGUGCCGAACAAGGAGAUGAUCGACGGCCUCACCAGCUAUUAUGGGGGUUCACGGGAUGGAUGCGCGCCAGUGUUGUCGAUCGAGCACAGUGACUCCAAACAAACAGGAACGGAAGACUGUGUUACGGAUAAUUUCUCAAGCCAAGCCGGUGCCGAUUCCAUUGCAGCACCAAGCAACUCAGCGGCAUCCAAUGGGGUGAAGGCAGGUGGUGGCAGGCAGCCUGAAGUGACAUCUCGACGACGAAGAAAUGUGGAGUCAAGUCCUGUGACAACACCUGUUCGCAGGAGUCGACGUCUCCACAGGGAUGCAGAUAGCGAUGCUGAGCAAACCCCACUGCUGGGGUCUUUCACCGCUGUGGUGCAUAUGGGCGAGAGCGGAGGACUGGUGAGCAGCGGCAAGAAGACAGGAAAGGAUGCCACUGGAAGGGCAAGAAGAAGAGUUCCUCUGAACCUUGAAGCAUUGAAUGGUGCAGGAGGAGGUUCAUGCAAUGAGACGAAGACGAAUUUGAACAGCAAAUUUGAUGGUUGCGGCCUUGGACAACUCCAUGACAUCCAGGAGAUCGAUGGCGAGGAGUGCCAAGGAAUGGUGGAUGAGUCAGAAGCAAACGUCACUGCGCGGGCAAAAGGUAAGGGAUCGGCUGUAAGAUCCAGUGCGGCUGCUGGCCCGGGAAGAAGAGCAGCUGAAGGUAGUCGGCGGGCGGUGGAUGUGCCCCACGAUGCCACUGCGAAAGGAAAAGUCGAAUCAGAAAGGAAUGCCCCGAGCCGUGCGGAAGGAGGACGUGCUUUGGACUCGAGUGCGGUCGAUCAGUUGGAAGGAAGCAGAGUCCAACCUGCUAACCGGGCGGAAGCGACGUCUUUGGGUUGCGUGACGGAUUCAAGGAAUGCGGACAGACGCCAAGGGAAAAGGGUGACUGUGGAUCUGACAAUGGAGGAAAGCUGUCGAGCAGAUGCAGAUGAACCCUCUGCAGGAAACAAUGUAUGCCCUGUGGAAGACUUGAGGGUGCCACCAAUGGCUGCUGAUGCCCAGGUUGCUGUGGAAGCUGACGUAGCGAAGACCUGUGUUGAUGUCAGCCAGAAUAAGACAGCUGAUGUCGUGGAGCUGGAAGAGGUAACAGCUUUGGAGGAGCAGCGGGAAGAUGUACAGAAGGACAAUCCAACGGCAGGGUCUGACGGUAGCAACGAGGGAAAGGUGGUGGUGGUCAAGGAAGAUGCCGCUUGUGAUGCUGAGGUGUGUCCCAAUGAGUCGGCGAAAGAAUCUGGAAAGUCUGAUGUGGAGGAGAUGAUGGUCGAUGCCCACGAGGUCGGCUUGGUUCAAAAAGUUGAGAACGAGGAAUCGUUGAAAGCAUCUCAUCUGUCAGGUCGUAGGCAGACUUACAAACAAUUGGCAAUUGGUCAGAACAGGAAGAAGGAUGCUGCAGGUGUUGGGUCUGCCAGGCGGCUUGAGCUUCUUCGAGGGAAGCGGAAGCAGAUUAACGCAGAUUCAGUCGACCUAGAACUAUGUACUACUUCACAAGAGACCGGUGAUGCACAGAAGCCAACCGAUAAUGCAGACGAUGUUCAAAAAGUUGAUAUUGAAAUGGCAGACGGUGAGCGCAAAUGUGGUGACGGAAUUACUGUUGAAUGCAAAGCAGGUUCUGAUAGUGAGAUUGAGAAGGUUGAUGGCCGUUCUGAUCUUGCAGCGCAGAUUGACGGCACUGACAUGGAUGAGCAAAUGCCCUCACCGGUGGAACAAACUGAGGGAGACUUGUUGUCCAAGCAAGGUGUGAAGGAAGAGGAAAGAGCUGGCUUGCCGACGGGAGAAGAUGAAAUGGUGGUGGAGGAUCUGGUGGGAGAAGUUAUGCCAAGCGAUCUAGAUGCUGCAAAAGCGUCACCAGAUGAUGCCGCUGCAAAGUCUUCGAUCCCAGCAAUGGAACCGGAAGGGCCAACGAGCAACACUGCUGUUGGCAGUGCAGCUGUAGUUGACUCCUUGGCGGACACAGGAAGAAAUGCUACAGCUGAGAUUUUGUGUUCGGUGGAGACACGGUUCAUCAGCGGUAGCCAUCCUGCAGAAGGAAACACAGCAGAUCCAGAAAGCCAACUCCGGGAGACAAGAAGCUGCCCCAGUGUGGGAAGGAAUGAGGGACAAGAAUCCUCUCCCGUCAAGGCCGAUAUAUCGACUGUAGCAAACAUUCGAGAAAUGAGUGAGUGUGCGGAUUCCACUCGGGAAGAAGGCGAUGCGGAAGGGAAGUCCGAGACCAGAAUAGAAGCCUGCGAGGAGGAAGGGAAUGCCGGCCCACUUUUUCAGAGUGGCUGCGAGGCAACCCACGCGGUGAAGACACAGGAAGGCCUGUGUGCAAACGCUGAUGCAAGUGAGGGUGGGGAUGUGGAGUUGGAAAGUCAACAGCGGCGGAUGUCCAGUGAAGAGAAUGUCAGUUCGCUCGUCCAGGUGACUGAGAGCAAUACGGCGGUGCAUGGACAGAACACUUGGGAGGAGGAGUGUGCGAAUGGAAGUGGAGGGGUAGGAGCAGAUGUGAAGGUGGAAGAUUCCAAGAACUGUGUGGAGGUUGAGCACAGAGAUUGUCCGUUGAGAAUUCAAGCAACUCUUGAUGACGCUGCUGCUAUGGAAGCAAGCCCAGCAAUUGAUGGUAAUAGGAGCAUCUGUCCAAACUUGGGGAGACCUGAAGAGGCUCUGGAAACUGUAGGGCCUCCCGAUGUGGAAGCAAGGAGGGAUACAGACAACACAGUGCUUGCGACAACCAUCUUGACUGAAGGUGAGCGUGCAAAGGCAGGCCUACCAAUCGAUGAUAAUAGGAGCAGCUGUCCAAACUUGGGGAGACCUGAAGAGGCUCUGGAAACAGUAGGGCCUCCCGAUGCGGAAGCGAGGAGGGAUACAGACAACACAGUGCUUGAGACAACCAUCUUGACUGAAGGUGAGCGUGAAAAAGCAAGCCUAGCAAUCGAUAAUAAUAGGGGGAUCUGUGCAAACUUGGGGAGGCCUGAAGACACUCUGGAAACAGUACGGCCUCCUGAGGCGGAAGCAAGGAGGGGUACAGACAACGCAGUGCUUGCAACAACCAUCUUGACCGAAGGUGAGCGUGAAAAAGCAAGCCUAGCAAUCGAUGAUAAUGGGGGGAUCUGUGCUAACUUGGGGAGGCCUGAAGACACUCUGGACACAGUACGGCCUCCCAAGGCGGAAGUGAGGAGGGAUGCGGACAAUGCAGUGCUUGCAACAACCAUCUUGACUGAAGGUGAGCGUCAAAAAGCAAGCUUAGCAAUCGAUGAUAGUAUGGAGAUCUGUGCGAACUUGGGGAGGCCUGGAGACGCUCUGGACACAGUACGGCCUCCUGAGGCGGAAGUGAGGAGGGAUACAGCCAACGCAGUGCUUGCGGCAACCAUCUUGACCGAAGGUGAAUGUGACGAAUUACCAUCUGCACAAUGCAGACCAAUGGAUAUCCAAGAGUAUGUUAAUGCGCCGAGUUCCAAGGAAAGAGGGUGGUGUAAUGAUGGGUCAGCUCGAGAGGUUGAGCGAAUAGUUAAAGAGUGUUCUGAGGAUGCAGUAAGGGAAGGGCAGGAUACUGUGCUUGCAGCAGACAUUCACAGUGAAGAUGAAGGCAAGAUCUUACCAUCUGCGACAACCAUCUUGACUGAAGGUGAGCGUGAAAAAGCAACACUACCAAUCGAUGAUAGUAGGGGGAUCUGUGCAAACUUGGGGAGGCCUGAAGACGCUCUGGACGGAGUACGGCCUCCCGAGGCAGAAGUGAGGAGGGAUACAGACAACGCAGUGCUUGCGACAACCAUCUUGACCGAAGGUGAAUGUGACGAAUUACCAUCUGCGCAAUGCAGACCAAUGGAUAUCCAAGAUUAUGUUAAUGCGCCGAGUUCCGAUGACAGAGGGUGGUGUAAUGAUGGGUCAGCUCGAGAGGUCGAGCGAAUAGUUAAAGAGUGUUCUGAGGAUGCAGUAAGGGAAGGACAGGAUACCGUGCUUGCAGCAGACAUUCACAGUGAAGAUGAAGGCAAGAUCGUACCGUCUGUGCAAAGCAGAAUGGUAGAGGCAGGGAGUUGUGAUGGUGCAUCGGAUUUGAAGGAUCGGGCAUGUACUGAAGGAGGAGCUCGGGAGAUGGAGGAGACAAUCCCAUCAGCUCGGGAGAAAGAGGAAGAAAUCCCAUCUUCCAAGGUGGCAGGACUUGACGCUAAAGAUUCAGAGCUUUCGAUGGCUAGUCGCACUGAAGGUGGGCAUGUCAGCGCGCCACCUGCUCAAUGCAGAAUGCCAGAGAGCAUGGAUGAGGACAGUCAACAACGUUCGAAGGAAAGCGAAUGUGAUGGCAGAGGUCGACAAGAGACGGAGGGGAACAAAAGUGAAUUGCGCUUGCCAGAGACCGAAGAAUCUGAGCGCCCUUGCUUGGAAAGCGUAUUAAGAGGAGAUGGUGCAGAAGGGAACGUCUUGCAAGCAGAAGAGCUUGCAUUCAUCCAUGCUAUUGAGGAGGGAGCGGACUUCCCAACAAGGGAGGCUCUUGAAUCAAAGGGGAUUAACUUAUCAUGCGGCUCAGAUGAACAAGAACGAGGCCUUGAUGGUCAAGGCUAUGGAGAUCCACGUCAGGAUGAGGUGGAUAAGAGAAUCUUGGAGACAAUAAAAGAGAUGGAGGAUGAUGCAGUUAGGAAAAUAGAAGGUGAGAAAGUUGGGACGGCAGAGAAAGCGGUGGAGCGUGGCCAAUCUUUGGAUACUACACACUGUCGAAUGGAGAGAGAUGACAAAACUGAAGCGGUCGCUAAGGGCUUUGUGGAGGUUCUGCUCGAAGAUGCGAAGCGGCAAGCUGUGCAAAUCAACUCUCCAAAAGCACAGGAGAUCCUUAAUAAGCAUCGUGAGAACUUCAAAAGAUUUCCUUUUAUGACAAGGGAAGCAAUAAGGAAGCGGGUGCAGGAUUCCAGGAGCGAAAAGAGGUGGGCGAUUCUUGCCGAAAAGCGAGCCCAAGGACAGGCAUGCGAAGGGAUAGCGCUGAAGGGUGAUCAAAUGACAGAUAGCUCAAAGGUCGUGGAUUGCGCGUCGAAUGCAAGCGCACAUCGUGAGCCCUGCUCUGGACCUUCUGGGUCUUUAUGUGGAAGGCAAGAAAACACAAGCAGUUCACAGAAAGCAGACGGUAUGGAGAAUGUGACUGAUCAGCUGGACACAUGUGGGGCUGCAGCUGUGGAUGGAGCGCACGUAGUGGAAGCAAAACAAGUGGACACAGUUCCAUCUGUCGAUUGCUCUAGCAAUCGUGUUACUGAUGCUCAUUCACGCGUGGAACAUGGCGUCGUAGCCAAACAGCACGAACCGGAGAAGAAGCACAGAUUGGAACGACCCUUCGGUUCAUCGAAACGGAAGGCGGAGGGUUUGGUUGAGACUCUCCUGCGGGAAGACCAGGAGAGGCGAACUCAUGUGCGUUCGUUGAAGCUUCUGCGGAGGAAACGAGGCUACUUGUUUAAGCGGUGGAGCGUUCCAGCUGGGCAGUCACUCUUGGAAAGAGCUCAGGCUUGGUCUGCGGCACACCGGUUCCUGCUUCUGCAUCGAAUGCGAAACAGGAGCAUUUCAGUCCUGUGAAGGGAUAUUGUAGCGAACAAGGAGAAUCGUGUUUUUGCAGUGACAGUGCAGCAACAUGCUGCUGCGAUCGAGGACCGGAGGCGGCAGCAGUAGUUUGUUCAGGCGAUAACCACCUCACCCAGGCCUCAUGUGACCCACAACAUGAACCCACAAUGCGAAGGAGAAUCGUGUUUUUGCAGUGACAGUGCAGCAACAUGCUGCUGCGAUAGAGGGCUGGAGGCGGCAGUAGUUUGUCCAGGCGAGAACCACCUCACCCAGGCCUCAUGUGACCCACAAUAUGAACCCACAAUGCGAAGCCAGAGCACGUAUAGGUGGAGGACAGAGUCUCGUAGAAGGUCGCACGCCUUGCAGCUGGGCAUCAGAUUGCAUCUGGGCUUGGAUUUCUGCAACAAUGCUUCAGCUUGCCUAGAGUCUGCAUGAAGCACAGAAUGGCUCUCCAAAGUAGCGUAACGUUGUACAGAGUGAAGUGGCAAGCACCUGUGAAGAUAUGGGAUGGGAAUGAAACCACAGCAAUCGGCAUGAAUACAAGAAGCCGGAGUCUCAUUAAAUAAUUUUGUAUAGUGCAUAGCAGAGUAAGCGGGCAUUGGAAACAUACAGAGUUGGUUCUGAAUGGUCAAAUUUGGGUUGCUCUGAAUGAAUACUAUUGGAGACAAGUUGGUACACGUAUUAACUGUUGAAAUGCAGACCUGAGUUCGAAACUCGCUGGACGCAGAUAAGUAACAUGCCUCCGAAUUUACCAGGGCGCCAGCAUUUCAAAGAGUAUCUAAACGUCGUUGCCCUUUUAUGAAAAAAAAGAGACAUGGAGAUGAUUGGCAUCCAGUCUGUCCUUGCAGUUGCAAGCUGUAGCAGGCAGUUGCAGCAUCACGUUGAAGUGUGCACAGUUGGAAAGGCUGCCAAUGACUAAUUGCCAGUUGCAGCAUCACGUUGAAGUGUGCACAGUUGGAAAGGCUGCCAAUGACUAAUUGCCGGGCCGUCAACCAUGAAGAACGCUACACUUAGUGCAAUGGUGCUAUGGAACAAGAAGCGAGAAGAGGUAGGAAAAAAAAAAAAAGAACGGGAACACAGAAAGAGGAGAAAACAGCUGUUUCCUCUUUCUUGUGUCCUGGGCUCAGUUUGCCUGCCUCUUGUCGCUCCUCGUUUCAUCAUGCCAGUUCGCUUGUGCCCAUCAGAAUGGAGGAGCUGGGGUUUUAAGAGAAAGCAACUUGUGUUUUGUAACUUCUAAGCGGUCAGCUUCUGCUCAUACUGAGCAUCGUCACUGAGUGUGCAGAUACGAUAGUGAGAAGAACUUGGAGGGGAGGCGACAGUAGAACCUGGCAUGCGCAUUCCGGAAGCGAACGUGUGCAGUUCUUCAGCUUUAGCGCAAAGGCAACGAAGUUCGUAUUGCUGUGGCGGAGGGUGAAAUUGUGCAUGUCGCAUGCAGCAGUCGAGAAUGUGAGAGGGAACGCCUUUCCGCUUUCCAUGCAAACGAUGCGCAUUCAGUACAGUCGAGAAUGUGAGAGGCACGACGAAGAAAGGAAAUGUCUGUCGACUUAUGUUUUCCAAGCGGUCGUCUUCUGCCCAGAGCAUCGGUACCCAGUGCGCAGAUACAAUAGUGAGAAGAAUCUGACGGAGGGGAGGCGGCAAUGAAACCUGACAUGCGCAUUCCGGAAGCAAAC